UCUAAAAGCAAAAACAGCAAUGGGAAAAUAAUUGAUUGUUAGUAGGUGAAAAACAGCCGAACGGAACCAUCUAUCUCACCUCGAAGGUAGCGAAACGAAGCCCCAAAAUCUUCAUUUCUUUUGCAGUUCGUCAAAAUCCAAAACCAAAACACCAUUGUUCACCAACCCUUUUUUCCAUUUCCGUUCUUUUUCUCUCCAAAUGGACGGUGGCGAUGACAGUUGAGAAUCCUCAACGACCCAAAUUCAUUCCCAUUUUUUAAAUCACUUCCAAAAACAGAGGAUUCGCUCGCAGAGUUAGCAAAACAGAGUUGGCCCAUUUCUUCAAUGGGCAAAACCAAGAGAAUUUGCUUGCUUCUUUUGAGGCUUCUUGCUUUGGGUUCGACUGUUUCUGCUGCCAUUGUUAUGGCUACAAGUCAUGAAGAAGCCAGGUUUUUUGCUCUGUCUUUUGAGGCCAAAUACACUCAUACACCGUCCUUCAAGUAUUUUGUGAUUGCAAAUGCUGUUGCGAGUGUUUAUGGGUUUCUUGUGCUUUUUCUUCCUGCGGAGAGCUUGCUUUGGCGUUUGGUGCUCUGUUUCGAUGUGAUGAUGACGAUGUUGCUGACGUCGAGUAUAGCGGCGGCGUUGGCGGUGGCGCAAAUAGGAAAAAAUGGGAACUCAUACGCCGGAUGGCUUCCAAUAUGCGACCAAGUGGCUAAUUAUUGUAGCCAAGUCACCGGAGCUUUGGCUAUGGGGCUCCUUGGACUCUUUGUUUAUUUGUUGCUUCUUCUCUAUUCUCUUCACUCUCUCUUGGACCCUCUUCUUUUGAAAAAGCCUUGACACAGACACAGACACAAACUCAAGUCUUUACUUUUAUGCCAUCUAUUGUAAAAAUGGGCUUGCCACAAACUUGGAACUUUGGCCCUUUCCCAACUUUUUUCCUAGGGCGAAAUAAAAGUUGGAACGUUUUGAUGGAUUGGAUUUUGUUAGUUGA